GCUGCGAUACAAAAGCACUCGGCAGCCACGGAUGAGGCAGAGAGGCAUCGGCGAGAGCCCGGAGUCCCCUCACGCCGCAAAGCCCCCGCUCUGCAAACUGGCUCCGAUGUGCAACAUCUGAACCAGCAGGUCGCUCCCGCAAUGAACGAGAAUAUCUCCAGGAGCUCGGCGGAUGCUCUGCCCGGCUGGUUCGCUGCCGGCGAGGAGCGGGCGACGUUAGACCUGGCGGCCCAGGAGCCCUCUCUCAAUCCCUGGGAUAUUGUGCUGUGCGUCUCCGGGACGGUCAUCUCCUGCGAAAACGCCGUGGUGGUGGCGAUCAUCUUCUACACGCCGGCCCUGCGGACCCCCAUGUUCCUGCUGGUCGGCAGCCUGGCCACGGCGGACCUCCUGGCCGGCCUGGGACUCAUCGUUCACUUUGUAUUCCUGUACUGCCUUCAGUCGGAGCUUGUCAGCCUUGUCACCGUGGGUCUGUUAGUCUGCUCCUUCACCGCCUCUAUCUGCAGCCUACUCGCCAUCACCGUGGACCGCUAUCUGUCCCUGUACAACGCACUCACCUAUUACUCGGAGCGGACGGUCACACGGACUUACCUCAUGCUGCUGCUCACCUGGGGGGUCUCGGUGAGCCUGGGCUUGCUGCCCAUCCUGGGCUGGAACUGUGUCAGGGACGCCUCGCUGUGCGGCGUGGUCCGCCCGCUGACCAAGAACAACUUAAUCAUCCUCUCCGUCUCCUUCUUCAUGGUGUUCGGCAUGAUGCUCCAGCUCUAUAUGCAGAUCUGCAAGAUCGUGUGCCGGCACGCCCACCAGAUCGCCCUGCAGCGGCACUUCCUCGCCACCUCCCACUACGUGACCACCAGGAAGGGCAUCUCCACCUUGGCCGUCAUCCUGGGCACCUUCGCCGUCUGCUGGCUCCCUUUUGCCAUCUACUGCCUGAUGGGGGACUACAGUUACCCGAGGCUGUACACGUACCUCACCUUCCUGCCGGCCAUUUAUAACUCCAUGAUCAACCCGGUUAUUUAUGCCUACCGUAACCAGGACAUCCAGAAGAUCCUGUGGACCGUUUGCUGCGGGUGUUUCUCGUCCAAGCUCCCCUUUCGCUCCAGGUCGCCCAGUGACGUCUAGCUGCUCAGAGGGGUAAGAGGGAGAGUGUCCCCGCCGCGUUGUUGAGCCAAGGUCCGGUCCCCGGGAGCUGAUCCAGUGUGAAAAAAAAACAAUUGCACUACAAACCAAAACCGACAUUGGGAAGCGAACGAGGGGUCUUAGCACUGCCUUCGUGUUUGCACAGCGGACAGUACCGAACCACAAGACCGAAUGCAAUGAAGAGACUUUGUGUACUGUAUCCGAAUUUGCACAUUAGUUUAAAACAAACUGUACCACAUGCACUUUCAAUUCAGUCCUUAUCUGCACAACAAAGUUUAUUAAAGAUAGUCGUUCGUGAUUU